AUGGCAUGGUGGAAGGCUUGGAGUGAAGCAGAGGGCGUGUCUGUGACAGGUGCUUUAAACUUUGACCCUGCACCUGAUGCUCAAGCCCUGUACAAGGCCAUGAAGGGGUUUGGGACUGAUGAACAAGCUAUAAUUGAUGUCCUAACUAAGAGGAGCAACAUGCAGCGUCAACAGAUUGCCAAAUCCUUCAAAGGACAGUUUGGAAAGGAUCUGAUUGAAAGCCUGAAGUCUGAACUGAGCGGCGACUUCGAGAGGCUCAUUGUGGCUCUCAUGUACCCCCCGUUCAAGUAUGAUGCAAAGGAGCUGUACGAUGCCAUGAAGGGUGUGGGAACAAGUGAAGGUGUUAUCAUAGAGAUCCUGGCAUCACGAACAAAGGCGCAGAUCAGAGAGAUAAUCAAGGCAUACAAAGAAGAAUACGGUUCUGAUCUGGAAGAAGACAUAAAAUCAGAAACAAGUGGCUAUUUUGAACAGAUUCUAGUUUGCCUUCUUCAGGGUGAGAGGGACAAUGCCACUCUCUAUGUGGAUACCGCGUUGGCUCUCCAGGAUGCAGAGACUCUCUAUGCUGCUGGGGAGAAGAUACGGGGCACCGAUGAGAUACAGUUCAUCACCAUCCUGUGCACGAGGAGUGCCACACACUUGAUGAAAGUGUUUGAAGAAUACCAGAAACUUUCUGGUAAAAGCAUAGAAGACAGCAUCAAGAGUGAGACUAGUGGCUCACUAGAGGAUGCUAUGCUGGCUAUUGUGAAAUGCACAAGGAACAUCCAUUGCUACUUUGCAGAGAGGCUAUACCAUGCUUUAAAGGGGGCUGGCACCCGCGAUGGGACCCUCAUAAGGGUGAUUGUUUCUCGAAGUGAAGUUGACUUAAAUCUUAUCAAGGCUGAAUUCAAGCGGAUUGCAGGACAGUCUCUCUCCAGCAUGAUUGUGGAUGACACCAGUGGUGAUUACAAGACAGCCUUGCUAAAUCUCUGUGGCAGUGAGUGA